AUGGAAGGUGUACGACGCACCUCUGUUACACCAAAUUCCAACUGGGGCCCCGCUUCCUCGGAAGAGGGCAUGAUGCGUGCCUGCGGACGAGGAGAUCUCAUCGUCACACGGGACUAUUUCGACGAUGUGCCCGAGACCCCAGACAAUGCACGUCACCAGCAGUCGAGGUGGAAGAUACCUCAUUGGCGCCACAAGCUUGGUGACUCUCCACCACUACCCCCCACUAUGUCAUCUACACAGCCCAUAAUUACCACACCAGCGGUAGAUUACUUCGCCCAAGUCUAUACCGAGAAGCACGUUACCCAUCAAACUGACAAUCCCGAGAUCGCAGCAGAAGAACAUAGCGAUGCUGGUCCCGAAAUCGAAGAUGACCCAAGGCUACGGAAGAUGCUAGGAAACAUCGUGACUCCGUCUAGCGACGACGAAUCCAGUGACAGUGAUAUGGAACGGACCAAGAAGAGAAAGGGCAUCAAAGAAUCAGAUACUACAGCUUUUGAGGUUGCAGAACGGUUUCGAGACAAGACGGGAGAUGGGUGGGAGCACACAAGAGUCAAAGUGCUUUGGUGA